AAGUGAAAUUUCAGUUCAGUUUGCCUUUUACCGUUUACUUCGUUAAUCCCUCUUAACUUUUAACAUCAACGAACAAGAAACAAAAUUCCCCUCCAUUUUUGAGGACCGGAAACGCGAUGUAAAACUGAGGAGGAAAGGGCAAAAAGAAGAAGAGAUUCAGAUAUUCAAGAUAGAAUCUUGCAACAAGACCCAGUGAAUGGGGAGAUGGAGAGCUUCCCUCAUAAUCUCCCGCGUCAUACUUGUAACCAAAUCGAUCAAUAAUCCCUAUAUUAGCCCAAACCCGUUUCCCAGAUCUCCAAUUUCACCUUUAAUUUCAGAACCCAGAAAUUAUUUCUUGAAUUUUAGGUCAUUUUCUGCACUCCCAUCUCCAUCCCCGCACUAUGCUGAAGACUUUGAUGUCAGGAUUCAUGAGUUUAAUCAGCGGCACGUGGUGGAGGAAGAAUCUCUGGAGAAUGAGGAGGAUGGGAAAAUCCCAGUUAAAGCUUUCUUUCUCUGCACCAGUGUUGAUUUGAAGAGUAUGCAAGCUGAGAAUUCAAGAUAUGUUAUCCCUCCAAGCUCGCGUUCGUCAAAUUAUAUUGCUCUCAGAUUUUGUGAUUCCCCAUUGCAAAAUGGAGGACCUGUUGAGCAGAAUGUGAGUUGUUAUCGCUACAUGGUUGUCUUCCAGUAUGGUUCAUCAGUCCUAUUCAAUGUGGAGGAUCAUGAAGUUGAUUUCUACAUGCAGGCUGUCAGACGACACGGAUCUGGUUUGCUUCCCGAGAUGAGAAAAGAUGAUUAUGCUAUAAAAGAGAAGCCUUUGUUGGUUGAGGAUAUGCAGGGGGGUCCAGAUUACAUUGUCCUUAAAAAUCUGGACACAGAUAGCAUUCGCGUAAUCAGUAGCGUGCUCGGCCAAAGCAUUGCUCUCGACUAUUUUGUCUCCCAGGUUGACGGUAUGGUCGAAGAGUUUGCAGAAAUAAAUCGCGGAAUGGAGAAAACUGGUACUUUCACAAUGGAUAGGAGGAAGUUGUUCCAACUCGUUGGGAAGGCUAAUUCAAAUCUUGCUGAUGUGAUCCUAAAAGUCGGUCUGUUUGAGAGAUCAGAAAUUGCAUGGAGAGAUGCAAAAUACGCGCAAAUACUGGACUACCUUCGUGAGGAAUACGAGGUCACUCAGCGAUUCGGAAACCUUGAUUUUAAGUUAAAGUUCGUCGAGCAUAACAUUCAUUUUCUCCAAGAAGUGCUCCAAAACCGGAAGUCGGACUUGCUGGAGUGGUGCAUCAUAGUGUUGUUGAGCAUCGAAAAUGUUAUUUCAGUAUGCGAGAUCGUUCGUGGCUCGAUGGGGACAUCAAUCUGAACACAAGUUAUACACACAAUUCUUUGCCGAAAGCAAAUUGUUUUGUUUAACCACAGAGUUAGCACAAUUGUAGCAAAGUCUCUCUUCUUUCCAGUCAUACAGUUUUGUAGAAUUCCUUCAUAAAUGUAUCUGUUGCUUCUCUUCGACGGAGAUGCAAAGGAAAUUAUUGUUUUGCCCUUUUGUAAGGGUAAUAAUUUUUUUUAUUUUUUUAUUUUUGCAAAACUUAUUGUAACUAAAUAUAUGCACAAGUCUCUCACAAGUUGAAUUUUUACUUAUCAUA